AUGGCCGCCUUCGCUGGUGAAGGUAGUCAAGGUGGUGGUGGUGGUGGUGGUGGUGGUGGUGGUGGUGGGUGGCGGUACUUAGAUCAUCGGGUGUGGGAUGACGACGCAGCGUGGCACGUGAACGUGGCUGGGCGGGGUGUUGAGGUGCGAGCUGCGUUGCUUGCAGGGAUGCGCGUCAAGUGUGGGGAUCUGGAGUCGGGGUGCAGAUUUUCUAUGGGGGCAUCUUCACAUUGA